ACAGUUCGCAAAUUUGUGUUUUGUCACUGCGGCAUCAAAGAAAGCUUCUCAUUCAUAAUUCCGCAAAUUUCUCAAUUUUUCUUUAAAUUCUACAAAAAAUUAAACUAAUUUCAAUCGAAACAUGUCUGUUGAUAUCGCAAGAGAUAUUCCCAAAGCUGGAUUUAACUUUGACAAUUGCAAGAGGAAUGCCCAACUCAUGCAAAAUGGAUUCAAGCCUCCAAAGGUUGUCAAAACUGGUACCACCAUUGUUGGAAUCAUUUUUAAGGAUGGUGUGAUCUUGGGCGCUGAUACUCGAGCCACUGAAGGACCAAUUGUCUCGGACAAGAAUUGCUCCAAAAUUCACUUCUUGGCCAAGAAUAUGUACUGCUGUGGAGCUGGUACCGCUGCUGAUACCGAAAUGACCACCGACUCAAUCGCUUCUCAAUUGGAAUUGCAUCGUUUGAACACCGGACGUCAAGUUCCAGUUGUUGCGGCCAACACUCUGCUCAAGCAGAUGUUGUUCCGCUACCAGGGACACAUUAGUGCUGCUCUCGUCCUCGGUGGGGUGGACAAAACUGGCUCGUACAUCUAUUGCAUCCAUCCACACGGAUCCUCUGACAAGCUGCCCUACGCCACUAUGGGCUCUGGAAGCUUGGCUGCUAUGUCAGUCUUUGAGUCGCGCUGGAAGCCCGACAUGGAAGAGGAGGAAGGCAAGUUGCUGGUGCGUGAUGCAAUCCGCGCUGGUAUCUUCAACGAUCUGGGUUCCGGAUCGAACGUCGAUUUGUGUGUCAUCCGAAAGGACUCGUGUGACUAUUUGAGAAAUUAUGAGCUCUCCAACCAAAAGGGCGAGAGGAAGUUGAAUUAUGAUUUCAAAUUGGGAACCACUGCUGUGCUGAAUACAAAAAUCCAUAAAUUCGAAGUGACUGAAGAAGUUUUGCCAGUUCCAAUGGAAGAAUAAGGAGAAGUUGGUUUUAGGAGCUUGAUAAAAACAAACAUUUCUGUUGUAAAAUGAUUUAUAAAAUUUAAUCCAAUGAAUGGGAGUAAAAAUGGUAUUGUCGACCCUUUUCUUAAUUCUUAAA